AUGAAGUUUACUACCGCGUUCGCUACUUUGGCUAUUGCCUCCUCUGCUGUUAUGGGUCAAUUCAGUAACAGUUCCAUUCCAAUUGAUCCAAGUACCUCAGUUCCAUCUCAAAACACUACCACUGUCUCUUCUACUACCACUCCUCCAACUACCAGCUCCACUACUACCAUCCCAGCCCCACCACCAGGUUUCAACUCUACUACUACUGAAACUGAGAUCGAAGUUGUUACUGCUUACACCACUUACUGCCCAUACCCAACUACCUUCACUCAAAACGGUGUUACUUACACUGUCACUUCUGCUACCACAUUGACAAUCACUGACUGUCCAUGUACCAUCACCAAGCCAAAGCCACACCCACAACCACAACCACAACCAACCACCAAGCCAGCUCCUGGUCCAGAACCAAAGCCACAACCACAACCACAACCACAACCAAGCACUAAGCCAGCUCCAAAGCCUGACACUACUACCACCGUCAGACAAUCUGUUGCUCCACACCCAACUACUAUCCUAUCUACCCAACGUUCUUCUCUUGCUGCACAACCAACCUCUUCUCAACAUGUUAUCGUUACCCAACACGUUAACGGCGCUGCUAACUUGGCCGCUUCUUCCGUCAUGGGUUUGGCUGCUUUGUUGGCUUUGUUCAUGUAA